CCUCGUCCUCCUCUUCCUUGUUCCUCGCUUCCACUAUUCUCGCUUUCUCGUAGGUCACCAGGCUUGUCUAAGACUUUCUACACUGCUAUGCCUGCUUUUGCCAUCACUCUGCAAUAUGUCGGUCUGAACGCGGAAUUCUUCCGGCUGCACAAGUCGCGGUCGCGCAGUUUCCCCAAGGCUUUCGUCAAGGACAACCUCAAAUCGCUUGAACUACCGCUACCUAGGAUGCUCUAUCUCUUGGACUGGCAGGCGGCUCGCGUGAUGUGCUACUGGAAGAUGAUGGGCGACGUCGGGGACAUCUUCAUCGAUGGUAUACGGCGACAGGUCGAUGUUGUGCGCGCCAAUGCUGCUCUGCUUGAGACCCUAGAAAUUUGCGAGAUAACAGAGGUUCCAGCGAGUCCGCUUCCGCCCACCCUCAUCCCAGGAGUGCCGGACACGUUUCAUCUUGCCCGAAAGCGUCGGGCGCAACCCUCCUCCGAGCCGUCUCAGGCAAAGAAAGCCCGUGUUGAGCAAGUACCUCCGGCGACGGCAAGCGCACAGCCAACCACAGACUCUAACAUAGCUGGGCAGAAUCCCGAUAUGUCGACUGGGACAAGAGCUCCUCUCGCUUCUGUCACGAACGCUAGCUCUCGGGUCUCUGUGGUACCUGUCAAACCUGAGUCUGGUACCGACUCUGCACUACCUGAGGCUCUUCCUGGUGCUUUGGCGGGUUCUGCUCCGGCGAAGACUUCUGUUACUCGGGUCAUCACCGCUCAAGGACCCGUUCACCCCUUCGUGAAAGGUGAACCCCCGAACGACCGUGCUCUGCUUCAAGCGACCGUGGACUCGGGCAACAAUACUACGGGCAACGCUCGACCAAGCAUCAAGGCCGAACCUGGACGUGGACCUAGGCGUGACCUGCAGGACAAAGAUAGGGCGUUGCGGCGCAAGAUCCGGGAGACGUACGACCGCGACGUGAAGCUCAUCGCGGAGAACACGCGACUCAAGCAGGAGGUCGAACGAACGAAGUGCCGCAUCGAGCGCUUGAAGGCGAAGAGUUAUGACGUUCGUAUGGAGCGUCCACAGGCGAACUGGUAGGACCUCCGUGAUCUUACUCAGCGUGCGCGAUCUGGUGCUUGGUGAACCCGGAACGAAGAAUGGAGACGUUAGGUCUUUGCGUAUUGUGUCAUCUGCUUCCCAUCUAUGAUGUUCAUCCCUUCAUUGUUUCCG